AAUUGAGAGAUUGCAAAAGAAACGUGGCAGGUACAGAUGAUGAUAAUGCAUUUAAGAUAUUAAAGUUCAGUUAUGAUCGUUUGACGAACCCAAAGAUCCAAUAUUGUUUCUUAUACUGUGCACUGUAUCCUGAGGAUUACAAGAUUCUAACGGAGAAAAUAAUUGAAAACUGGAUUGAUGAGGGGUUUAUAGAGGAUAUGGAAACUCGGCAUGCAAUGAAGGAUGAGGGUUGUGAUAUUUUGAGGAAGCUUGAAGACAAUAGCUUGUUGGAAGUCAUUAAAGAUGGACGUAAAGGAGAUUGUGUGAGGAUGCAUGAUCUUAUUAGGGACAUGGCCUUAGACAUUACAAGAAUGAGGCCUCGGUUCUUGGUAGAAGCUGGCAAGGCAUUGAAAGAGCUACCAGAGAGGGUAAAUUGUGCAGAAGGUGUUGAAACGGUUUCAUUAAUGCAUAAUUAUAUUGAAGAAAUUCCAUCGAGCUUGGCAUUUUCAACAUGCAUAAGGCUCACAACCUUACUGUUGGCCCAUAACAAAUUGUCAACAAUUCCAGAAUUUGUCUUUGAGCACAUGCAAGAGCUAAAAGUUCUUGAUCUCUCCUUCAAUCUGUGGUUAAGUAGCUUGCCAAAUUCUGUCUCCAAAUUGGUGAAGCUUACUACAUUGUUGUUAGAAUCAACAUCCCUAGAAAAGGUACCAUCUUUAUCAGGCCUUGGAUCCUUGAAAAAGUUAAACCUUAGGGGGACAAAAAUCAAAGAAGUCCCUGAAGGCCUGGGAAUGUUGAAGAAUUUGAAAUGUCUUUUUCUUUGUAGAUCAAAUCCUUCCGAUAUUCUUGAAAUAGAUGAAAUAGCAGAUGCAGUAUUAUUAAAUCUCUCCAAACUUCAAGAGUUAAUUGUAGAUAACAGCAGAAUAAAAUUGAAGGGGAACGUAGUUGGGAGAUUGAAGAAGUUGGAAGUUUUUCAUGGCUGGUUCCCCACUGCGAAUGAAAUGAGAAUCCUUCUCAAAUGUCAGCCUAAUAGGCUGAGUGACUAUUUUAUUAAUGUUGGAAGCAAUUCGAAUGUGACUUAUACUGUUACAGCAGAGUUACGAAGAUACAAGAAAAUAAUGGUGUUCGAGGAGACUAGUAUUGUUGGAGAGAAUACAUUACUUCCCUCCGUACAAGUAUUAUGUAUUGAAGCUUGCCACGACAUAAGAAGCUUAAAUGAAUUUUCUGGAAUCAAAGAUGCAACAGAUUUGAGGGAAUGUUGGAUUUGGAACUGUGAUGGCAUGGAGUGUGUUCUUUCCUCGUGGAUAAACAACACAGUCAUCCAAACCCUUGAGUAUCUGCUUCUUUAUAAUUUGCACAAAUUGGAUCGGCUGUUUGAAGCAAACGUCAUGGUGACAUCAUCACCUCCACUUAAGGCUUUUUCAUCUCUCAAAGUAGUUUGGAUUGUGGAAUGCAAAAAAAUAAAGAAGUUGUUUCCAUCGUGGAAGUUGGCAGAAUAUCUCCAAAGUCUUGAAAGAAUCUACGUCUACGGAUGUGAAGAAAUGGAAGAAAUAAUAGGAUCAGAUCCAGAAGAAGAAGGAGAAGAAGGAGGGGACAUCAUCAAGGAGCUCAUUCUUCCAAAAUUAAAAGAAUUAAAAUUGUGGAAAUUGCCCGCAUUAAAGAGCAUAUGUAGCAGGAGGGCAGUAAUGGUACGUGAUUCUCUUGGAUCUAUUACCAUUAGUGAUUGCAAGGGCCUAAGGAGGAUCCCUCUUUAUCUUCCCCUGCUUGAUAAUGCCCAACCAUCUCCUCCUCCGUCCCUCAUGAUAAUCAACAUAUAUCGAGGAGAACAGGAAUGGUGGGAAUCGUUGGAGUGGGACCAUCCCAAUGCAAAGGAUGUCCUUCAACCCAUGGUUCAAUUUUAUUAAUCCAUACGCGAUUCCAUCAUCGAAGUCAGAAAAGUCGGAAUCGGGGGAAUAUGCAGAAGAUUGAAAGGUGAGAAUCAAUUUGCACAUUUUAA